UUCACACCACCAAUUUUUGCAUCGAUGGGUUUUUUUGGGGUAUAUUCUCUCUUCCAGGACUCUUUCUCUGUAAAAAUCGCGAACAAACCCCCAUUUAUGUCCAAUUGGCUUUACUGAAUUGAAGAGAGAGAGAGAGGGAGGGAGGGAGAGAGAGAGAGAAAGAGAAGAAGAAGAAGAAGGGUAGCCUGUUUUCUUUCAUGUGGGGAUUUUGUAUUGAUCUGUUCUAAAAUGAUGGACUGGUCCUAGGAAGCCAAGGUCUAGUUUUGCAGAGCGUACUUUUUCUUCAGGAUAUUUGGAAAAUCAUGUUGCACUGGUGGCAUUUCAGAACUAUCUGACUUGACUGAUAUAUGUGCUGUGGUGUAAACUGAUAGCGUUCCGUUCGGCUCAAUAGCUUUAUCUAUACCUGAUCUGAGUAUUUCGUUUGAUAUCAUUUUCCCAGUUGGACCUUUAAGAGCUCUAUCUACUCUAAUUUAUAAUAAGUAUCUGUAUAAGUUGUGAGUUCCUCAUUACCGGAAAAUCUGAAUAAACAAUGGAUGAUGUGAUCUUGCCGCCAAAUCAGAAACAGACUACUCAAAUUCCUCGUAAGUCUGCCCCUCAGAAUAAGGAUCUCUGGUUGGUUGCAAGGGAGGGCUCUGUUUCUGAUUUAGAUUUGGCCUUAUCGUUGCUUAAAAAACAUGGAGGGAAUGUGAAUGCGAGAAACACUUUUGGUGUGGCCCCGCUGCAUAUUGCAACCUGGAGAAAUCAUGUGCCUAUUGUUAGAAGGCUUCUUGAAGCUGGUGCAGACCCUAAUGCUCGGGAUGGGGAAUCGGGAUGGAGUAGUCUUCAUCGAGCUCUGCAUUUUGGACAUCUGGCUGUCGCUUGUGUCCUUCUCCAGUUUGGUGCCUCAUUAACAUUGGAGGAUUCGAAAUCCCGAAUGCCUGUUGACCUUUUAUCUGGGCCUGUGCUACAGACUCUUGGAAAGGAUAACAAUUCAAUAACAACAGAGGUCUUCAGCUGGGGUAGUGGUGUUAAUUAUCAACUCGGAACUGGAAAUGCACACAUACAAAAGUUACCGUGCAAAGUUGAUUCUCUUCAUGGUUCAUUCAUCAAAAUGAUUUCCGCUGCUAAGUUCCACAGUGUAGCAGUUAGUGCUCGUGGGGAAGUCUACACUUGGGGUUUUGGAAGAGGUGGCCGCCUUGGCCAUCCUGAGUUCGAUAUACACAGUGGCCAAGCUGCAGUCAUCACUCCCCGUCAAGUUACCUCGGGUUUAGGUGCACGUCGGGUAAGAGCUAUAGCUGCAGCGAAGCAUCACACCGUUGUUGCCACAGAGGGUGGAGAAGUACUUACAUGGGGUUCUAAUAGAGAGGGGCAACUUGGAUACACCUCUGUUGACACCCAGCCGAUCCCACGCAGGGUGAGUGCCUUGAAAUCGAGAAUUGUGGCAGUUUCUGCAGCAAAUAAACACACGGCUGUAGUUUCGGAGGCGGGUGAAAUUUACACGUGGGGUUGCAAUAAAGAGGGACAGCUCGGUUAUGGCACCUCGAACUCGGCUUCUAAUUAUACGCCGAGGGUGGUGGAGUAUUUGAAAGGAAGAUCUUUUGUUGGCGUAUCUGCCGCAAAAUAUCACACUAUUGUUUUGGGAUCAGAUGGAGAGGUGUUCACGUGGGGUCAUCGGCUUGUUACUCCUAGACGUGUGGUCGUUGCUCGAAAUACUAAAAAAGCUGGGAAUACUUUACUGAAGUUCCACCGUAAGGAACGCCUCAAUGUGGUCGGUAUAGCUGCUGGGAUGACUCACAGUUUGGCUCUCACAGAAGAUGGUGCAGUGUUUUAUUGGGUGUCUUCAGAUCCGGAUCUUCGGUGUCACCAGCUAUACUCGCUCUGUGGAAGAGGUAUAGUUAGCAUUUCUGCUGGAAAGUACUGGAUAGCUGCAGCCACUAUGACUGGCGAUAUUUACACGUGGGACGGUAAAAAGGGAAAAGAUGAACCAUCAAACCCAAUAAGGUUACAUGGAGUGAAAAAGGCAACUUCAGUAUCAGUUGGCGAGACUCAUCUAUUGUUUAUUAGCUCCCUUUAUCAUCCCAGCUAUCUUCCUAGUACUCCUGACAUCCGUCAGAAGCCGGCUAUUAUGGAUGAAUUAGAUGAAUUGGGUGAAGGUUUUAUGUUUGAUGACGUGGAGUCCGAGGAUGCUUUAUUUAAAACGACGAAGGAUGACAUGUCAAAUCCAGAAGUGUCGGGUUCUAGAAACUUCUUCGAUAAAAGUAGUGCACCGAGCUUGAAAAGUCUUUGCGAGAAAACAGCUGCGGAGCAUUUGGUCGAGCCACGAAAUGCCAUACAGCUGCUAGAAAUUGCUGAUACACUUGGAGCAGAUGAUCUCAAGAGACAUUGCGUCGAGAUUGCAAUCCGCAACCUAGACUACAUACUCUCGGUGGCCCCACACACAUUUGUUGACACCUCUCUUGAUAUUCUAGCCGAACUCGAGAAACUGUUAGACCUGAAGUCAUCUGAACCUUGGAGUUACAGACGGCUUCCGACACCUACCGCCACUUUUCCUGCCAUUAUCAACAGCGAGGAAGACGAUUGUGAAAGUGAACUACUCAUGAUGCGCGGUGAUGCCAGAAAGAGAUCGGCCAUGAAUGACUGGGCCCACCAGAGGCUGGACGGCUUUCUUCGAACAAAUGAUGCUGUAAUAGAAGGCGUGGACAAGCAAAUAAGGGCCCUGAGGAAAAAGCUUCAACAGAUUGAGCUGCUGGAGGAGAAACGAUCCAAGGGUCAUAUUCUUGAUGACCAGCAGAUUGCGAAGCUACAGUCGAGGCCGGUUCUGGAGAGUUCUCUUGCGGAGCUUGGAGCACCGAUUGAGACUGUUCAGUUGGAAGCUUCAUCUGCGGAACAGAGGGGAAGCAAGAGAGCAGGAAGUAAGAAGCAAAGAAGAAAAUGCAAACAGAAGGCUAAGGAGGAGGAAUCUAGCGAUUUUGCCAUUGGCGCUGAGAUGAGUAUGGUGAAGGGUUUUCCAGAUAAUGAAGUUCUAGAUGAUACCUUUCAUAAGGAGAAAGCUACACAUAUUGAAAGUGCCAUCCCAAUCCAAGAAACUGGGGUUUCUCCAUUUCCCCCUAACAAGACAGCUGAAGGCAAUAUUCCCCAAAACAAUACUACCCCUCCACCUACAGCAUCCAAGAAAAAGAAUAAAAAGGGAGGCCUCUCUAUGUUCCUUAGUGGGGCCCUCGAUGACAAGCCUAAAAUUGUUGCUCCACCUCCCCUUAAAGCCAAAAGUGAGGGCCCCGCUUGGGGAGGCGCUAAAAUAUCACAUGGGCCGGCCUCACUUCGUGAUAUACAGGUGGAACAGAGCAGAACAGAGGCCAAGCUCACGAGAAAGAAUAAUCUUGGCGACUCUUCUUCUAUAGGUGGCACUUUUGGCGGGAAACUCCCAUUGAGUUCGUUUUUGCCUUCAUCCCCUAUAGCUAUGGUGCCCCCUCGAAAAGGACAGGUGUCAGAUGGAGAUAAGAACACGCCUCCUUGGGCGGCCUCCAGCACCCCACCUUCCCUUUCCCGCCCGUCACUCAGGGAUAUUCAAUUGCAGCAGGGGAAACAACACCAAAGUAUUUCUCAUAGCCCAAAGUCUAGCACCACCGGAUUCUCUAUUACGACUGGUCAGGGUUCACCAUCCGAGCCAGCUGGCAUCAACCGCUGGUUCAAGCCAGAAGCUGAUACUCCCUCUUCCAUACGUUCGAUCCAGAUUGAGGAGAAGGCUAUAAAGGACCUCAAGCGUUAUUACAGCUCUGUUAGAAUUGUAAAGAACCAGUCCUGACAAAGGGUACUUGUUCUUUGUUUGACUUCAUUAGUUUAGCCCGCACUGUAAAUUUGACCUGUACAGAUUGCUGAAGAAAACAUUUCUUCUAAGCCAGACCCUCUCCUGUUUGAAUUGUUCCGAUUUGGAAUUAUCCCAUUAAGGAAUUCAAGGUGAAGGUAGACAUUGUCUGGAUUACUGCCAGGAAGCAUGAAAUUGAAAAAUGUCAGAUUUGUGGUAUCAAUAAUAUAUAUGGCUGAAUGUGAUUCUUUUGUAAGACAGAUCUCUUGAUGAAUACCAAUAAUAUUAGAGGAUUCUGGAUUUUCCCUUUGAACGUGACAUAUGUCACGUGUUUUGGAGAUUUGAUGAGUCUUGGACCAUAUAAAGAUAGAGUAUCAUUUGGAUCCCACCACUUCUAUAUUCUAUUGUUUUUCAUUGUAGGAAGGUCUAGUUGGGGCUAUUGCAAGUUCACUCCAGAAAUAAUAUUUUCAAGCAUGUAACGGAAAAGCAUUUAACGCCAAUUGAAA